AUGUCAGCAGCUUCCGACUUGGCUUCGCCGGGCCCAAGCGCUGAGCUGUCGGCAGGUGCAGCCAAUGCUCAGUUCUUGCGUCUCGUUGGACAACAUCGACCGAUCGGACCUCACAAACACUUCAACUCCAUCCCCGUCCUCGUUGCGCUGUCUAGACGAUCUACAAUCAAAAGAGAACCGGAUGAAGAGCAGGAGGAAGGGAGAGAUGGUAGCCGUGAUCAGACAGUCGAGCUCGAAGGCGAAAGUGGUGGUAGCGGGGCGACAGAUGCUGAUGCUGAGAUUGCUACGUUGGAUGGCCACGUUAUACGCCUCAGACUGGAUGAGCUAUACGAUGUCAAGGGGCUCGAGGAGCUGGUGAGUGGGGCCAACUUGCACAGCACGCUUCGUGGUUCUUUUGGGGUCCCGCAAGUGCCCGUCAUUUGACCUUGUGCAACUUUGUGCUCCAGGAGGAAGCAGCUACGCGAACUCAAUUCGGUCUGCGCUCCGAGUCCGCUUCUCGCUCUUCGAGUCCCGAAGCAGAUGAUCACGAGACUAGCGGCAUGUCGAGGCACGCAUCCUGGAAGCAUCCCAGAUUUGGCAGCGGCAUACUACGAUUGGCGGGUGUGGGCGGUAGAUCGAGAACGUCGACGGCAUCUAGCGCAGUAGAAGGAGAUGCGGGUGCUGGAUCUGCAAGGUCUCAAACACCUUUGGGCCACUCGCUCUUGCCCUCUAUCAUCGCCAAAGGUUCGAGGCAUGAGUUCGGAUUGCCUUUCGACGACGGCUUCGAUGAUUUGGUGCACGCUCGCAGGCUGCUUUCUGCAGGACCGAAGCACAACGUCAGCAGUGAUGAUGAGCUCAGCGAUAUCGAUCCUGAUCGUGAGCACGAUGGAGAAGAGACUGACGAGGGGGACGAUGCCAAGGUCGAUGCCGAGCAGCAAGAGGAAGAUGAGGAGGAAGGCGGAGAAGCGCGAGAAGCGCAGGAAAAGCCUCGUCGUACGCGAGGCUCGACUCAACGGUCUUCCAAAAGGCGAAAGACGGAGAAAGAAGCUGCGGAUGGGGAUCGGGAUCACGAGGAGACCAAUGCGGCCGAGGAGGAGGAAGAGCAGGAUGAAGAUGAAGAGGAGCAGAAUGAGGAUGUGGAUGAUGACGAUGAGGAAGAAGAGGAGGAUGAGGCGCAGUCGACACGUUCUGGUCGACGUGGCGGUCAAAGCAGUGCGGAACAGAACAGCCGUAAGCGCACGCGAAGCAACAGGUCUUCGACAGCAGCAGCUCAGCCAGCUUCGGCUUCCAAGGCUGGGACCAAAAAGAAGGGCCAGAGCGAUGCGUCUGGAAGCUCUCUGGCAGUCGAACAAGGCCAACCUUCCAAGUCUACAAGGAGCAGCACGGCACCAAGGAGGAGCACUAGGCGUUGA